CAGUCCAGAUCUCUCCACGUCAGCUCUAGAUUUCUCUCCUGUUUGUUAAAUAAUUCUGUUCGUCGUUCGUAAUUGUCCCGAGUCGUUUUGAAUAUUCCUUCCUGAGGUCAGCUCCCAUGGCGGUGCUUGAAUGCUGCAAUGUUCAGCCGUCACCGGAGCCUGCGACGGAGCUGGUUAUCCCCCUCGUACAUUUCGACAUAGUGUUUUUAUUAUUCCAUCCUAUUCAGCGUCUCCUAUUCUUCGAAUUCCCCUGUUCCAAAUCCCAAUUUCUAGAAACCAUCGUUCCUAGGUUGAAGGACUCAUUCGCUCAAUCUCUCUCAGAUUUCCUCCCGCUCGCCGGAAAAAUUUUCUGUCCUGUUGAUUCCGGCCGGCCUGUUUCGAGAUUUACUCCUGGCGACUCGGUUCCGCUCACUAUCGCCGAGUCUGAGAAAGAUUUCGACGUCCUCACCGGGAAUCAACCCCGAUUAGCUGAUGAUUUCUACGACUGCGUGCCGGAGAUUCCGCCGGCGAAACGGUCGGAAAACGAGGUCGUGUUUCCGGCGUUGGCUCUGCAGAUCACGCUCUUCCCCGGUCGCGGCGUGUGCUUGGGAAUCGCCAACGAUCACGGCAUCGGCGACGCGAGUUCGAUCGUCCGAUUCAUCAAACAUUGGGCUUCCGUCAACAGCUUCGCCGGCGAUAGAUUCCCGCCGGUCCUCGACAGGACCACCGUGGUAGAUCCGGAGGGACUGGAUUCGAUCAACUGGAAUGUUGUGAAGAAAUCCAGGCCGAUGGAAUCUUCGGCGAUCCAUUUCCCGAUCAACAAAUUUCGGUCAACUUACACGCUCUCAAACGACGACGUACAGAGGCUGAAGCGCUUCGUCUUGAAAAACCGCCCGGGGGUGCACGUGACAACCUUCACAGUCACGUGCGGGCUAGUCUGGGCUUGCCUGGCCAAAGCAGAGUCCGCCGUCGCCGCCGUGGCGGACGACGAAUCUGAAUAUUUCGCGUUCCCCGCCGACAGCCGCGGGCGGCUCAACCCGCCGCUGCCGGCGUCGUAUUUUGGGAACUGUCUGGCGUUGGUGAAGGCUGAAAUAAGCCACGGAUCUCUGAAAGGAGACGGCGGGUUCGUCGAGGCGGCGGCGCGUUUAGGCGACGCUAUAAAGAAGACGGUGUACAAUCCGGCGGGGAUUCUUGACGGCGCGGAGACGUGGCUGGAAGAAUUCGGCGAGCUGGUCCGGAAACGGCUAUUCGGGGUGGCGGGGUCGCCGAGGUUCGACCUGUACGACGUUGACUUCGGGUGGGGGCGGCCGAGGAAGUUCGAAGCGGCUUCAAUCGACUUGGACACGUCGAUGUCUCUGUGCAAAUCUCGGGGCGGCGACGGCGGGGUGGAGAUCGGGCUGUCGCGGCGGAAGGAUGUGCUGGAUGCUUUCGCGGCGGCGUUUGCAGAAACACUGGAUAAACUGUAGAGCACCGCAGCGGAGGGCACUGCAGAGGUCGUGCCGUGCGCGUGGAUACAGCCUAAGGUCUGUUAUUCUACUUUUUACUAUUUAAAUAUCAAAUGUACGUUCUAUUUUAAGACGGUUUGUCUGGGGAUAAUAAUUGGGAAGGAUUUCCAUUUUCAAUCCCUCUUUGUUACUGAAGACAAGUUUAAAAAAGGAAAUACCUUAAAUUACAAGGCUUUUUUGCAAUUUUCA